GGGUUCGUUUGUGUCCACGAGGGGGGAGCUGCAGCUUUUGCAGCUGGUCUGCUGUGCACUGGGCCGGACAGCUCUAGCUGUGCAGUCCGGCGCUUUGCAGCUGACGCGUGGCUGUAUAUAGAAAACCCGGAGCUGUAGAAACAAAGGAAAAAAAAAUCAAUCAUGACAACAGAAACCGGUUUAGAGUCAGACUCAAAACAAGAUCAGGAGAAAGAUCAGCAAGACCAAGCUCACCAGAAGGGAACUGGGGCGCAGGAAGGUCUGAAGCUUGGAGAGGAUCAGUUUCCGGCAGCAGCAGCUCAUAGUACACCCUUAAAAAGUCAAAAGAACACAGAAAAAAACUGGGAAAAAGAAGCAGCAAAACAACAAGAAUAUCAGCAACUUGAAGACGACAAAAUUUCUCAAAGAUCAUUUUCCAGCAAACUCUCCAAAUCUCCUCUCAAAUCUUCAAAACGACCCAAAAACAUGCAGGCAAAAGUGACACUACUUGAUGGGGUUGAAUACACCUGUGAUGUGGAGAAACGUUCCAGGGGCCAAGUGCUUUUUGACAAAGUAUGUGAACAUUUAAACCUUUUGGAAAAGGACUACUUUGGACUAACAUACAGGGACUCUGAAAAUCAAAAGAAUUGGUUGGAUCCCGCUAAAGAAAUCAAGAAACAAACCAGAAAUGGUGCCUGGCAUUUUUCCUUUAAUGUGAAAUUCUAUCCUCCGGAUCCAUCACAGCUAUCAGAAGAUAUAACUAGAUAUUACCUCUGCUUGCAGUUGCGAGAUGACAUUGUUUGUGGCCGCCUCCCAUGUUCCUUUGUUACUCUUGCUCUGCUGGGUUCCUACACAGUACAAUCAGAACUGGGUGAUUAUGACCCUGAAGAGUACGGUAGUGAUUAUGUCAGUGAAUUCCGCUUUGCACCAAAUCAGACAAAAGAACUGGAAGACAAAGUCGUUGAACUGCACAAAAGUUAUAGGGGAAUGACACCUGCUGAAGCUGAAAUGCACUUCUUGGAAAAUGCCAAAAAACUGUCUAUGUAUGGAGUAGAUCUACAUCAUGCCAAGGAUUCUGAAGGAGUUGAAAUUAUGCUGGGUGUUUGUGCCAGUGGUCUAUUGAUAUAUCGUGACAGGUUACGAAUAAACAGAUUUGCGUGGCCAAAAGUUCUUAAAAUUUCAUACAAAAGGAACAACUUUUACAUCAAGAUUCGACCAGGCGAGUUUGAACAGUUUGAAAGCACCAUUGGAUUUAAACUACCAAACCAUCGAGCAGCUAAACGUUUAUGGAAAGUAUGUGUGGAACACCAUACAUUUUUUAGAUUGCUGCUACCAGAGGCACCUCCGAAAAAAUUCCUCACUUUGGGAUCCAAGUUCCGCUAUAGUGGUAGAACACAAGCCCAAACAAGAAGAGCCAGUGCACUUAUUGACCGUCCUGCACCCUAUUUUGAACGUUCUUCAAGCAAGCGGUAUACAAUGUCCAGAAGUUUAGAUGGGGCAUCAGUGAAUGAAAACCAUGACUUGUACAUGAAGGAUUCUGUGUCUGCCACAGAGGUGGGUACCGGCCCUUACAUCACAGCAAAGGGCAUCUCUCAAACCAACUUGAUAACAACGGUCACACCAGAAAAGAAGGCAGAGGAAGAGAGAGAUGAGGAGGAAGAGAAGAGAAAGAAAGUAGAACUGGUCACUACUGUCACUACCAUUCGUCAUGAAACAAAGACUGACAGUGAACAGACGGACACUGCUGCUGAUGGUGAAACAACUGCCACUGAGUCGGAUCAAGAAGAAGAUACAGAUGCAAAAACUCAGAAUAGUCUCAUUAAGCGAAUAAAGGGUGAAAAUGUAUAUGUCAAACAUAGUAAUCUUAUGUUAGAGGAGUUUGACAAGAAUCAAGAAGAAAUGAUGAAACACCAGACUAAUAUAAGUGAGCUGAAAAGGACAUUCUUGGAAACAGCAACUGAUGGUAUAGCAGACAGUGAAUGGGAAAAGCGUCUCUCUACGUCACCUGUUCGCCUGGCUAUGAGGCAGGAAGAAGCUCCUAUGAUUGAACCACUUGUGCCUGAAGAGACCAAAGAAGAGAGAGAAAAACUAAGUGCUUUGGAAAAAACAACAUAUUCAAUGUUAGAAUCUCAGCCAGGGGACAUAGUGAAGAAACUUCGGGAAGCAAGAGCCACAAGCCCUGUGGCUACUUCUCAUCAAAUCAUUAUGCAGAAAACUAUCCCAUCAUCCCCUGAGGGCACUGAGGAUUGGGUUAUUGUAGACAAAGUACCCACUAAGGUAGUAGAUGGUGAACCAAAAAGCAUUGUGACGUACAAAGUAACAACUGUGAGCAGUGACAUACCAGCUGGAAAGUUUAAAACCAGCCCUAUUGGAGGUCAAAGCCUGGAUGCCUUAAAAAUGGAAAUAAGAGCCAGAGAAGAAGAAAGUCGUCAAAAAAUGUAUACAUUAGGAAAGUCAUAUGACACAGUUUCUGGUAGAGUUUUAACAAUGACAAGUAAAGCUAAAGAAGGUGAAAAAGUGAUACAGCCUUCAUCUCUUGAGUCAAUGCAAAAAUUUGAAAAGGAAAUUUCUGAAACUGUGAAAAUAAUUCCAGUUACUGGAGAGUAUGAGAUCCUGGAGUCUAUUAGUGAAGAUAAAGGAAAAAAGGCCCAGGAGAUCCAAACUAUAAAAAGAAAAGUCUCAGAGUCUUUGGCAACAAUAAAGGAAUCCGAUUCUCAGUUGACUAGUCCAAUUGAUGAGAACCUGAAGAGAGUUCAAGACUCUGACAUGGAGAAGAAGUUUAUUGAAAGUGUGAAAGUUGAGAAAACUACUGGAUUUCCGGACUAUGAAAUUAUUAAAACAGAUGCUCCAGCUUGGAAAGAUAAAAAGCUUUCUGAAUGGAGAUAUACAAGAGAUCAACCAUUUACCAUUGCUACUGCUCACUAUGUUACUGAAUCGUCUGCAUCCAAAGUGGUGACCAAACAGUCCUCUGGUGAAAAAAUCACGGAUGGCUCAGAUAUCUACAGUUUAAUAGACUCUACAAGAAAGCCAUCUGAGUUUAUAGGAGGGGUUACAGCUACUACACAAAACUGGGCUCAGAAAACAGAGAUAAAGACAGAGUGGGAUUCCAUUGACAGUAGCAGAGAGCAAGAGGACACAGAGUGGAAAACAAAAGAAAAGGUUAUACAAGGGAUAGUCAAUUUGGAGAAUGAAGUGGGGAGUAUGCAUGCAAGCAGGGAUGCUUCAGAGCUGGCUGCAGUGCAGUUGGAUGCUGAGGCUCUGGCAAUCACAAAUGCUUCUAGCUUUAAAGGGAAAGAGGGCUCUGCUCUGACCAAGGAUGCUGAUGAAGAUGUGGCUGUUGAUGCUUCUGCUUGUUAUGCAAAAGAUGAACCGCAUGAUGCAAAGCUUGAUGAUUCUCAGCCAUUGGAUGCCAAGCCUCUUGAGGAGUCACCUGUUGUGAAGACAGAGAUCAUCACUUUUGGCACUAUUGCCGAAGGAGAAAAGCCUGAUAUUUCUACUAAGGAUGUGCCAGUAGUGCAUACAGAAACAAAAACUAUUACCUACGAAUCAUCAGAGAUGGUAUCUCGUCCUGACACAGAUCCAGGUGUAUUAAUGAGUGCUCAGACCAUUACAUCAGAAACUCUUGGUACUACAACCACUACACACAUCACAAAAACUGUGAAAGGAGGCAUUUCAGAGACAAGAAUUGAAAAGCGGAUAGUGAUUACAGGGGAUGCUGAUAUUGACCAUGACCAGGCGCUGGCUCAGGCAAUUAAAGAGGCCAAAGAGCAGCACCCUGACAUGUCAGUGACCAAAGUAGUGGUACAUAAAGAAACAGAGAUCACACCUGAAGAUGGUGAAGACUGACCACAGGAUUAACGUCAUUUACAUCAGAAGGAAAACAAGAUAUCCUGUGCGGAAUAACUGACCUAUCCUGGGUGACUCUAUCUGUGGAAACCUUCAGCCCAGAAGAAUUUAGCUUGAACAUUCAUAAAGACAUUGGCAGACAUAUCUUCCCAUUAAAAGCAAUGCAAUUCAGCAUACGCAAAUCAGUAUUGCAUGAAGCAACUAUUAAAAAAGCAGCAUUUUUAUUUAACUCUUCUAAGUUUCCGGUUAUAUCUGCACGUCCACACACAAAAAUAAUCCAAACAGUGAAUUUAUUAUAAUGCAUAAACAACAACUCAUGCCUUGAAUUUUAAACCAAGCAAAAUGUAUUAAGUGGUGAGCCUUUGUUUACAAAAAAAAUAAAAAAUAUAAUGGAGAAUAUCUUAAAAUGCUAGAUGCUGUAUAGGUAAUGUGUAUAAUGUUUUACCACACCUUAUACGUGCCAAUAACACUUUAUUCAAUAAGCGACUUGAAUAUUGUAUUUGUUUUAUUAUUAUUACCUGAUAAACCAUGAUGAACCCUUAAUCCUGUGAAACUAUUUAAUUGCUGAUAAAGUGUGCUUUGUAUAUCAAAUUUAAUAACAUGGGUUAGUAAUUAUUUUAGUAUUUUAACUUGAAAUCAAUAUCAUUUUUUGUCUGCACUGUUAAAUUAGAAUCAGCUGACACAACAGUUAGCUUUCACAAAAAUAGGUGUCUAUGUUUUGUGUGGUCCUUUCAAGCAACACAUUUCUCCUUAGUUUCUACAGACAUACUUUACUUUGGUAUAGUCCUGUUGAUUUCCUUUGAAGUUUUAGAGGUAAAUAUUUUAUUUCUAAACCUACUUUGUAUUUGUUACCUAGUUGAGAGCCAAGCCUUAAUCUGUACAGAAAUUCUGUGUUCUAUAUAUAUAUAUAUAUAUAUAUAUAGUGUUCCCUAGCUUUACAAAUAAAUCACUUAAUAGGUUCUUUUUCCAUAACGUCAGCAACACCACAAAACACAAUGAAUGUUUGUUUCUGCAAAGUGAUAGAAAAGUGAUAAAUGCAUUACAAUGAAUUGUCCGUAUUGGAAACAUUAAUAACCUGCUUUUGUAAUUUGCACUAGCCAUGGUUUCUUAUAAAAUAAAAAUUCAAAAAUGUAGAAGAUACAUGAAAAGAAACUACAAAUAGUUUUCCAGUUAGUCUAAUAAAUUUAAAGGAAGUUUAAUUUUGCUCUUACAUGUGUUGACCCUAUGAUUGCUUCUGGAGCCUCACAAGUUAUGUCCUUGUCUUAUUUUGCCAAUAAAAUGCUGUAUAUCACACGUUA